GCAGCCGGAGGAGCCCCGCGGCAGCUCCGCAGUGCGCUCGCCGCCGCUCCACCAGACCCGCGGCCGGCCAGCACAGGGUCAGCCCGGAGCGGGCCUCCAACGCCAGCUGAGGGGGGUCAUGAGCCAGAGCGCCCCGGGGCACCGCGGGAAAAGCAAGCGAAGAUAGCGGCUUCUAGCGCCCCCGGCCCCCGCCACUCUGCCACGCGUCCCCCGCGUCCUCAGCCGCUUCUGUCCUUUCCUCGGACCCCGCCGCCGCCAUGGCGACCCUGCUCCGCAGCAAGCUGUCUAACGUGGCCACGUCCGUGUCCAACAAGUCCCAGGCCAAGGUGAGCGGCAUGUUCGCCAGGAUGGGUUUCCAGGCAGCCACGGACGAGGAGGCGGUGGGAUUCGCGCACUGUGACGACCUGGACUUUGAGCACCGCCAGGGUCUGCAGAUGGACAUCUUGAAAAGCGAGGGCGAGCCCUGCGGGGACGAGGGCGCCGAGCCGCCCGUCGAGGGAGACAUCCAUUACCAGCGUGGUGGCGGCGCGCCUCUGCCGCCCUCGGGCUCUAAGGACGAGGCCGUGGGGGCUGGUGGCGAGUUCGGGGGCCAGGACAAGCCCAAGAUCACGGCGUGGGAGGCAGGCUGGAACGUGACCAACGCUAUCCAGGGCAUGUUCGUGCUGGGCUUGCCCUACGCCAUCCUGCACGGCGGCUACCUGGGGUUGUUCCUCAUCAUCUUCGCCGCCGUGGUGUGCUGCUACACCGGCAAGAUCCUCAUCGCAUGCCUGUACGAGGAGAACGAGGACGGCGAGAUAGUUCGAGUGCGGGACUCUUAUGUGGCCAUCGCCAAUGCGUGCUGCGCUCCGCGCUUCCCCACGCUGGGUGGCCGCGUGGUGAACGUGGCGCAGAUCAUCGAGCUAGUGAUGACUUGUAUCCUGUACGUGGUGGUGAGCGGCAACCUCAUGUACAACAGCUUCCCCGGGCUGCCCGUGUCGCAGAAGUCCUGGUCCAUCAUCGCCACGGCGGUGCUGCUGCCCUGCGCCUUCCUUAAGAACCUCAAGGCCGUGUCCAAGUUCAGCCUGCUGUGCACUUUGGCCCACUUCGUCAUCAACAUCCUGGUCAUUGCCUACUGCCUAUCGAGGGCGCGCGACUGGGCCUGGGAGAAGGUCAAGUUCUAUAUCGACGUCAAGAAGUUUCCCAUCUCCAUCGGCAUCAUCGUGUUCAGCUACACGUCGCAGAUCUUCCUGCCUUCGCUGGAGGGCAACAUGCAACAGCCCAGCGAGUUCCACUGCAUGAUGAACUGGACGCACAUCGCCGCCUGCGUGCUCAAAGGCCUCUUCGCGCUCGUCGCCUAUCUCACCUGGGCCGACGAGACCAAGGAGGUCAUCACGGAUAACCUGCCCGGCUCCAUCCGCGCUGUGGUCAACAUCUUCCUGGUGGCCAAGGCGCUGUUGUCCUACCCGCUGCCCUUCUUCGCAGCCGUCGAGGUGCUGGAGAAGUCGCUCUUCCAGGAAGGCAGCCGCGCCUUCUUCCCCGCAUGCUACGGCGGCGACGGCCGUCUCAAGUCCUGGGGGCUGACGCUGCGCUGCGCGCUGGUCGUCUUCACGCUGCUCAUGGCCAUCUAUGUCCCGCACUUCGCGCUGCUCAUGGGCCUCACGGGCAGCCUCACCGGCGCCGGCCUCUGCUUCCUGCUGCCCAGCCUCUUCCACCUGCGUCUGCUCUGGCGCAAGCUGCUGUGGCACCAAGUCUUCUUCGACGUCGCCAUCUUCGUCAUCGGCGGCAUCUGCAGCGUGUCCGGCUUCGUGCACUCGCUGGAGGGCCUCAUCGAGGCCUACCGAACCAACGCGGAGGACUAGGGAGCCAGGGCGAUCCCCCGCGCUCUUUCCCCUCCCCA